AUGGCUUCCCAGAAACCGAUCCGAAUAGGCUUCGUGCCUGAGCACUACUUAAUACCUCUACACCUUGCAAAGCCAUACUUCAAAGACCCAGUUGAGUUGAUACCGUUUCCGUCUGGCACGGGACAUAUGAUCACUUCCCUUCGAUCGGACGAGAUAGACCUGGCUAUUGGUUUGACUGAAGGCUGGGUCGCAGGCUUGAUGACAGCAGAAGGUCAGCAGAAGCAAGGAUACAGCAUUGUAGGCUCGUGGGUGCAGAACUCGUUACGUUGGGCUGUGGUUACGGGCCGAAACCGAGACGAUAUCAAUACCAUUGAAGACCUGCGGCAGCACAGACGAGUUGGUGUAAGUAGGAUCGGUAGUGGUAGUCACAUCAUGGCCUUCGUGUUAGCAGAGCAGAAGGGCUGGCUGAAACAAGAUCAUGCAACCAAGUCGGAGGGAUUAGUAUUGAAUCCGCUUGGACCUUUUAAAGACCUGAGAGAUGGUGUGACCGGUCAAGCCGGACAAGCCCCGACUGCAGAUUUCUUCAUGUGGGAGCACUUCACAACGAAGCCAUACUUUGAUGGGAACGAUGCACCUCUAAAGCAUAUCGGCGAGAUCUACACCCCAUGGCCCAGCUGGCAUAUUGCUGCUUCCACCAAGACCUUCCCAGAACCUGGUACAGAACCAAAGUUAUUAAAUCUGUUUGAUUGCUUUGAUCGUGGCAUCCGGGACUUCAAUAAUGAUACAAAGUCGGCCAUCGACAGACUGGUCAAAGGUGAGUUCCACUGUGAAUAUUCAGAGGAAGAUGCAAAUACAUGGUUAAAAUCCGCCCAAUUUUUCGAAAAGACAAGAGGUGUCGAUGCACCGACCAUGGAUGGUGUCAUAAAGACUUUGGAGACUGCUCAGAUCAUUGAGCCUUCGACAGAAGUCAAGGACACCAGUGGAAUUGUUGGUAUACAUCGGGAAGAAGCCUAA